AUGGGGAUCAUCCCCAGAAUAGUCCAGGACAUCUUCAACUACAUCUACUCCAUGGACGAGAACCUGGAGUUCCAUAUCAAGGUAUGGAGCACUACAACCACACAGCUGGCAUCAAGUGCUUCGGUUGCCAAAUAAAAAGGGGAAAAAGUUUAAUACUCACGACAGAGUAGAUUCACAGUGCGCUAACUAGCUAGCUAUUCCACAUCGGCUACAUAAUCUGAAUCAAAAACACUGCACAUCUAGAUUGUUUCUAAUCAGAGGAAUCUCUGUUGCAGGUUUCAUAUUUUGAAAUUUACCUGGACAGGAUCAAGGACCUACUGGAUGGUACGUACUGUAUGCUGCGGCACAACAGGCGUCCUCAUUUGACCGUUCUGGAGAUACAGGAUGUGUCCCAAGUGGCACCCUAUUCCAUAUAGUCCAUUACUUUUGACCAGGACCAAUAGGGCUCUGGUGAAAAGUUAUACAUUAUAUAGGGAAUAAGGUGCCAUUUGGGACGCAGGCAUAGUCUAUUGGGUAAUUACUCCCCUCACACAUGUACUACUUCAACUGAGUUGUUUCUGUCUAGACAGUGAACUUAUAACCUGCAACAUUCAGAUGAAAAAUAUCAUUUUAAUGGCUGCUUUGUGCUUUUAAAUGCUGGUGCCUGCCUGUUGACGAUUCCUUGUUACUAUGGUGAUCAACAUAAUAAAUAAUGUAAUAACUGCAAUAAUAAAAUACUGGUUUUGCUUUUUUCCUCUCUGCAGUAACAAAGAACAACCUGUCUGUACAUGAGGAUAAAAACAGGGUGCCCUAUGUCAAGGUGAGUCUUAUUUAUGGUCAAGUGAGCCAAACACAUCUACAGUGCGUUCGGAAAGUGUUCAGACCCCUGACUUUUUCCACAUUUUGUUACGUUACAUCCUUAUUCUAAAAUGGAUUCAAUUGUUUUUUCCCUCAUCAAUCUAUACACAAUACCCCAUAAUGACAAAGCAAAAACAGGUUUUUAGAAAUGUUAGCAAACUGAAAUACAUAAGUAUUCAGACCCUUUACUCAGUACUUUGUUGAAGCACCUUUGGCAGCGUUUACAGCCUUGAGUCUUCUUGGGUAUGACGCUACAAGCUUGGCACACCUGUAUUUGGGGAGUUUCUCUCAUUCUUCUCUGCAGAUCCUCUCAAGCUCUGUCAGGUUGGAUGGGGAGUGUCGCUGCACAUGCUAUUUUCAGCUCUCUCCCAGAGAUGUUCGAUGGGGUUCAAGUCCGGGCUCUGGCUGGGCCACUCAAGGACAUUCAGAGACUUGUCCCAAAGCCACUCCUGCGUUGUCUUGGCUGUGUGCUUAGGAUCGUUGUCCUUUUACUGAGGAGUGGCUUCCGUCUGGCCACUCUACCAUAAAGGCCUGAUUGGUGGAGUGCUGCUGAGAUGGUUGUUCUUCUGGAAGGUUCUCCCAACUCCAAAAAGGAGCUCUGGAGCUCUGUCCGAGUGACCAUCGGGUUCUUGGUCACCUCCCUGACCAAGGACCUUCUCCCCCGAUUGCGCAGUUUGGCCAUGUGGCCAGUUCUAGAAAGAGUCUUGGUGGUACUAAACUUCUUUCAUUUAAGAAUGAUGGAGGCCACUGCGUUCUUGGACCUUCAAUGCUGCAGAAAUGUUUUGGUACCCUUCUUCAGAUCUGUGCCUCGACACAAUCCUGUCUCGGAGCUCUAUUGAUAAUUCCUUCGACCUCGUGGCUUGGUUUUUGCUCUGACAUGCACUGUGAACUGUGGGACCUUAUAUAGACUGGUGUGUGCCUUUCCAAAUCAGGUCCACUCAAUUGAAUGUACCACAGGUGGACUCCAAUCAAGUUGUAGAAACAUCUCAAGGAUGAUCAAUGGAAACAGGAUGCACCUGAGCUCAAUUUCGAGUCUCUUAGCAAAGGUUCUGAAUACUUAUGUAAAUAAAGUAUUUCUGUUUUUUAUUUUUAAUGAAUUUGUAAAAAUGUAAUUGUCAUUAUGGGGUAUUGUGUGUAGAUUGAUGUGGGGAAAAAUUCAUUUAAUCCUUUUUAGAAUACAGCUGUUACAAUGUGUAAAAAGUCAAGUGGUCUGAAUACUUUCCCAAUGCACUGUAUAAUGGUACCAUAGAUAGAUCCAUGAACGGUUGGUUGGUCAGGUGGAUGAAUUCGUAAGACAUUAGUAGAUGCAGAGAAUAAUGGAUGAAUAGAGAGAUUGUGUGUGCGUCUCAAAUGGCACCCUAUUCCUUUUGCAGUGCACUAGUUUUGAUAUAUGGGCGCUGGUCAAAAGUAGUGCACUUAUAUAGGAAAUAGUACUACUUCAGAUGCAUCCUAUGGGUUGGUUGGAGAAAGUCAAAUAACUUUACAAUACCGAUAUAACUUCCUGAUUAUCCCAGACUUGAAUGUCAAUGUUAUCUACGUUUUCCAUCAUAAUCGGCUCUUUGUCUACCAUGUCAAAUCAAACAGUGGUGCCUUGGUUCACUGUGUCCCCAGGGGUGUACCGAGCGCUUUGUUUGCAGCCCCGAGGAGGUCAUGGAUACUAUUGACGAGGGCAAAUCCAACCGACACGUGGCCGUCACAAGUGAGUCAGUCCAACACUGGGACUGUUUCAGUCCCGCCUGCUACUCAUGGGUUCAUUAUGAUCCUCACAGCCUGGUUUCACAGUCUUGAUCUCCUGAUCUACAAAGCCACUCUCACGCAGCAGUCUCGGGCUACGUCCUAAAUGAAACCUUUUUCUCUUUAUAGUGACUACUUUUGACCAGUGCCCAUAGGAGUGUGGUGAAAAGUAAUGCACUAUAGUGAAUAGGGUGCCAUUUGGGAUGCAAUUACACAGCCAUUACAUCAUUAGGACUGGGAGUUUUCCUGACCAGGAACCAGGAAAAUCUGUAGGCCCUAGUUAAUCUACACAGUAGAACUUGUACUGAACUAGUUUUCUCAAGAUAGAGAAACGGAAACAAAAUCAAAUAAAAGUGAAACAUUAUGACAAUGAUGCUAGUUAUCAAAGAUGUUCUUAAUGUAUACUUCUUUAUGAAUAAACAUUAAUUCAUUAGAUUCCUUACAGAAUCAUAGAUGGCCAUCAAGUUCUCUGUUUCUGUUAGCAAUAUAUUUGUAAUAUUGUGUAAACGUGUGUGUGUUUUAUAGACAUGAACGAGCACAGCUCCAGAAGUCACAGUAUCUUCCAGAUCAACGUGAAGCAGGAGAACACUGCUACAGAGCAGAAACUCAGCGGCAAGCUCUACCUUGUCGAUCUGGCCGGUAGCGAAAAAGUAUGUCUCCAUCCUUUUUUUCUCUGUGCCUUUCUGUGUCUGUAUUCUGGUCAUUCACCCUUUUCCAGAAGUGUGCACUUGCCCAGUUUUUGGCAUGGAUUUUACAAUGGUGGUAACUCACUCCAGCAAGUGCUUACACCAAACCUUUUAAAUGCAUGACGAGGAGAGUGCAGGUGCACACUUGUGGAAAAUCGGGAUGUAGCAUAAGCCUUUCUUCCUCUGUCUACUUUAUCUCUGUUUCCUCCCUUUGUCUCCAUCUUGGUGUUCAAGUUCAACACAUUCACUUUUGCACAAUGCCUGCUUUUUCUGACUGUAGAUAUAGCCUAGCAGGCAGCUAUUGAUCUGAACAUUUGGUCAUAAUUAACUAGCUAGUCUACCACAACUAGCUAGUACCUCAAGCUACCUCACGGUACAGAAAUAGGAGAUAGGUUCCUGCCCUAUGAGCCAUUCUGGCUCAGACACGGCUACUUUUACCACAACAUCUUGGUUCGCCUCAAGUCUUUAGCACUAGGGUUGAAUAUUUUCCUGGUAUUUUACAAAUGUUACAUCUCAAGAAUAAAUAAUUUUUCUCUUGUGUAACCCGGUAUUUCCCGCCAAAACCGGAAGUGUCAUUAAAAAGAAGAUAAAGCAUAUAAAAAGGCCUAUGCCUGGAUUUGAUUCAAGCUUUGAUCGAAAAUUCAAGCCUGACGCUACCUGAGCCUGAUGAGCCAUACAUUUUAUGAGCCCUACAUUAAAUAUACAUUUGGCACACCUUAUUUGGGGAGUUUCUCCCAUUCUUCUCUGCAGUUCCUCUCAAGCUCUGUCAGGUUGGGUGGGGAGCGUCGCUGCACAGAUAUUUUCAGAUCUCUCCAGAGAUGUUCGACGGGGUUCAAGUCCGGGCUCUGGCUGGGCCUCUCAAGGUCAUUCAGAGACUUGUCCCAAAGCCACUCCUCUGUUGUCUUGCUUGUGUGCUUAGGGUCGUUGUCCUGUUGGAAGGUGAACCUUCGCCCCAGUCUGAGGUCCUGAGCGCUCUGGAGAGUUGCAAAGAAAAAGCCAUAUCUCAGACUGGCCAAUAAUAAGAAAAGAUUAAGAUGGGCAAAAGAACAGACACUGGACUCUGCCUAGAAGGUCAGCAUCCCGGAGUCGCCUCUUCACUGUUGACGUUGAAACUGGUGUUUGGCGGGUACUAUUUAAUGAAGCUGCCAGUUGAGGACCUGCAAAGGCGUCUGUUUCUCAAACUAGACACUAAUGCAUUUGUCCUCAACUGUUGUGCACCGGGGCCUCCCAGUCCUCUUUCUAUUCUGGUUAGAGACAGUUUGCGCUGUUCUGUGACGGGAGUAGUACACAGCGUUGUACGAGAUCUUCAGUUUCUUGGCAAUUUCUCGCAUGGAAUAGCCUUCAUUUCUCAGAACAAGAAUAGACUGACGAGUUUCAGAAGAAAGUGUUGUUCUGGCCAUUUUGAGCCUGUAAUCGAACCCACAAUUGCUGAUGCUCCAGAUACUCAACUAGUCUCAAGAAGGCCAGUUUUAUUGCUUCCUUAAUCAGCACAACAGUUUUCAGCUGUGCUAAUAUAAUUGCAAAAGGGUUUUCUAAUGAUCAAUUAGCCUUUUAAAAUGAUAAACUUGGAUUAGCAAACACAACGUGCCAUUGGAACACAGGACUGAUGGUUGCUGAUAAUGGGCCUCUGUACACCUAUUCCAUUAAAAAUCAGCCGUUUCCAGCUACAAUAGCCAUUUACAACAUUAACCAUGUCUACACUGUAUUUCUGAUCAAUUUGAUGUUAUUUAAUUCACUUUUGAACGGUAGUAUGUGUGUGUGUAUAUGUAUGUACAGUGGGGAGAACAAGUAUUUGAUACACUGCCGAUUUUAGAGGUUUUCCUACUUACGAAGCAUGUAGAGGUCUGUAAUUUUUAUCAUAGGUACACUUCAACUGUGAGAGACGGAGUCUAAAACAAAAAUACAGAAAAUCACAUUGUAUGAUUUUUAAGUAAUUAAUUUGCAUUUUAUUGCAUGACAUAAGUAUUUGAUACAUCAGAAAAGCAGAACUUAAUAUUUGGUACAGAAACCUUAGUUUGCAAUUACAGAGAUCAUACGUUUCCUGUAGGUCUUGACCAGGUUUGCACACACUGCAGCAGGGAUUUUGGCCCACUCCUCCAUACAGACCUUCUCCAGAUCCUUCAGGUUUUGGGGCUGUCGCUGGGCAAUACGGACUUUCAGCUCCCUCCAAAGAUUUUCUAUUGGGUUCAGGUCUGGAGACUGGCUAGGCCACUCCAGGACCUUGAGAUGCUUCUUACGGAGCCACUCCUUAGUUGCCCUGGCUGUGUGUUUCGGGUCGUUGUCAUGCUGGAAGACCCAGCCACGACCCAUCUUCAAUGCUCUUACUGAGGGAAGGAGGUUGUUGGCCAAGAUCUCGCGAUACAUGGCCCCAUCCAUCCUCCCCUCAAUACAGUGCAGUCGUCCUGUCCCCUUUGCAGAAAAGCAUCCCCAAAGAAUUAUGUUUCCACCUCCAUGCUUCACGAUUGGGAUGGUGUUCUUGGGGUUGUACUCAUCCUUCUUCUUCCUCCAAACACGGCGAGUGGAGUUUAGACCAAAAAGCUCUAUUUUUGUCUCAUCAGACCACAUGACCUUCUCCCAUUCCUCCUCUGGAUCAUCCAGAUGGUCAUUGGCAAACUUCAGACGGGCCUGGACAUGCGCUGGCUUGAGCAGGGGGACCUUGCGAUUUUAAUCCAUGACGGCGUAGUGUGUUACUAAUGGUUUUCUUUGAGACUGUGGUCCCAGCUUUCUUCAGGUCAUUGACCAGGUCUUGCCGUGUAGUUCUGGGCUGAUCCUUCACCUUCCUCAUGAUCAUUGAUGCCCCACGAGGUGAGAUCUUGCAUGGAGCCCCAGACCGAGGGUGAUUGACCGUCAUCUUGAACUUCUUCCAUUUUCUAAUAAUUGCGCCAACAGUUGUUCCUUCUCAACAAGCUGCUUGCCUAUUGUCCUGUAGCCCAUCCCAGCCUUGUGCAGGUCUACAAUUUUAUCCCUGAUGUCCUUACACAGCUCUCUGGUCUUGGCCAUUGUGGAGAGGUUGGAGUCUGUUUGAUUGAGUGUGUGGACAGGUGUCUUUUAUACAGGUAACGAGUUCAAACAGGUGCAGUUAAUACAGGUAAUGAGUGGAGAACAGGAGGGCUUCUUAAAGAAAAACUAACAGGUCUGUGAGAGCCGGAAUUCUUACUGGUUGGUAGGUGAUCAAAUACUUAUGUCAUGCAAUAAAAUGCAAAUUAAUUACUUAAAAAUCAUACAAUGUGAUUUUCUGGAUUUUUGUUUUAGAUUCUGUCUCUCACAGUUGAAGUGUACAUAUGAUAACAAUUACAGACCUCUACAUGCUUUGUAAGUAGGAAAACCUGCAAAAUCGGCAGUGUAUCAAAUACUUGGUCUCCCCACUGUAUGUAUGUAUGUGUGUGUGUGUAUAUGUGUGUGUGUAUAUAUAAAUAGAUAGAUGAGUUCAAGAUUGAGAACCUAUUUUGGAUACGAUUUGAAUGGAAUUGGAGGGAGAGAGACUGCUCGUGCAUGCUCUAAUUUAACGCAACAAUAUUCGAGUGAUAGGCUGUUUUUAAAACUCUGCAAUAAAAUCUUUACAAUAAAAAAACAAGGUGACCCCCGAAAGCCAGAUAGAGAUGUGUAAAUUUAGAUUCAUGCAUUCUGUCCUCAUAUUACUCUAGCAUAUGCUGCAGCAAAUGUAGGCCGACCUGUCGCAAGAAAAAGUUACCAUGAUGAGAUGAUAGGUCUACAUGCAUUGUGAACUGCACUCCAUACUGAGAUGGGCUGUCUGUCCCCAACAUGAGCAUUGAUGAUUGGUCAUGCAGAGAGAAGACCGCAGAGAAGCAAGAUAUAGACAUAGCAUAUAAUUUAACAGUUUCACGUCAUGCUUUUUAUAUACAGUAAAUCAUUUAUUAUAAUUUACUGGUUUCUCGCAGUUAUUUAUCCCAGGAAAAGGGACUAGUUUUGGGCGGUAAAUCUCGGUAACCGAGUUCCCGCCAUUCAACCCUAUUUAGCACAUAUGUUGUUUCUCUUUACUCGCACGACAACAGCAGUAAUCUGAUGAUAAUCCAAAGGAUGGCACUAAACUCAAGCAAAGCCUUUCACAUGCUUUGUUGCACUUUUUCAUAAUCUUUUUUUGUUAUAUCUUAAUAUCAAUGUUUGUUGUGGUCUCCUAUAUCAUCUUUGUUGAGACUUCUGGCAGCAUUAUCUUCCUUAGUUAUAUAUGGGACCCAACCAAAUGGCACCUUAUUCCCUAUGUAGUUCACUACUUUUUACAAAAAUAGUGCACUAAAUCUAGAGUAGGGUGCCAUUUGGGACACAUUCUGUUUCUUAGAAUUUUCUUGUGAUCUAAUGAAAUGUCCUGUGAUACAAUCUUGUACCAGUGUUGUCAUGAGGGCAUGUGUGUUGGAUUGUGAUCUCUUAAAAGUGUGUGUGUGUGUGUGUGUGUCUAGGUGGGUAAAACUGGAGCGGAGGGAGCAGUUCUGGAAGAAGCUAAAAACAUCAACAAAUCCCUGUCUGCGCUGGGCAACGUCAUCUCUGCCCUAGCUGAAGGCUCGGUGAGAUAACAUAACACUCCUCUGCUCCCUCGGGGCUGGGGAAAAUGACUGCAAAUGGCACACUAUUCCCUAAAUAGUGCACUUCUUCUUGACCUAACUCUGGUCAAAAGUAGUGCACUAUAUAGGGAAUAGGGUGCCAUUUGGGAUGCAAUGUCAACAAACAGCUGUUCUAACAAACAGCUGUUCUAACAUAUUUCUAAAGAGGACAUUUUCAAGUUAGGAAUGAAUGAUAAAAUAUGGGAGAAAUUAAAGGAGUGUCUCAUGCACAAGUCAUAUGCGCACACAUGUCUAAAUACUUGUAAUCUAGGUUUUCAGUACCUGUACACAGUACAAUUUACACUGGUAUUACAUAGAGUUCAGUCCAGGUUUUCAGUAGUAUUAUUCUCCAGGACAAAGUGAUGAGUGUUUUAUGUUGACUGUGAAGCUCAACUCCUGAGUGGGGCAGUGGUCUGUGCCACUAGAGAUCCUGGUUCGAAUCCAGGCUCUGUCGUAGCCGGCCGCGACCGGGAGACCCAUGGGGCGGCGCACAAUUGGCCCAGGGUAGGGGAGGGAAUGGCCGGCAGGGAUGUAGCUCAGUUGGUAGAGCAUGGCAUUUGCAACGCCAGGGUUGUGGGUUCGAUUCCAGUAUAAAAAAUAAAUAAUAAUGUAUGCACUCACUAACUGUAAGUCGUCUGGAUAAGAGCGUCUGCUAAAUGACUAAAAUGUAAAUGUAAGUCCCUCUCCCCUCCUUUCUCCAGACCUAUGUCCCUUACAGAGACAGUAAGAUGACCCGUAUCCUGCAGGACUCUCUGGGUGGUAACUGUAGGACCACCAUGGUCAUCUGUGCCUCGCCCUCCGCCUACAAUGAGGCUGAGACAAAGUCCACACUGAUGUUCGGACAGAGGUAUGUACAGGACGCUCUCAGCCCCUGGAUUGUAUACCACCCACAACCAGUCUCAGCCCCUGUACUUAACUGUAUAUUAGUGGGUCCAAACUUUUUUUCUCAACCGGUAUCCCCAAUCACCUUUAGCUCUGUACCCCCUAAUAUGCAACCGAUUGCGACGACUAGACUUGUGUUUUGCAAACAUCUUAUUCAUCUUCCCAAUAAUCCCUUUUGAAUAGUCUGCAUACCCCCAGGGGUACUAGUAACUCCAGAUUGAGAACCAACUGCUGUAUAUGACCAAGAACCAGCAGUGGGGUGGAAGUUUUGUAAAUGCCAAUUGAAUGUUGGUACAUUGUUAGCAAUGAGGAAUAUGCUACAGUCUACACAGUUUAUGCUUUAUAGAAGGGUUGGUUGUUUUAUCAACAAAACCGAUGCAUGGCAACUAUGGGGCAAAACAGACGUGGUUGGCUUAGAUUGGUUGACAACAUGUAAACUAUAUAUUGUCUACAAUGUUUAUUGAAAACAUAAAUACAUUGGCAUAAUGAGCACUUCUUGUCUCUCAAAUACAUAAUUACAGUGAAUUUUUGCCAUAUUAGCGUAGACAUGACAUCAUUCAAAACAAGACAUGGUAUCAAGAACAAGAUAAAACUAGCUGAAACGAGCCACCUACGAUUCCCCACAUGGCAGUUUGUCAUUGAUGCUAGCUAUCUGGCCAUCCAGAAUCAUAACACACGGACUUCUGCCCAAUUGAAUCGCAUGCAUCGUUUUCGUGAUGUCAGCUAAUCUGGCUAUGGGUGGUUGCCAGUGCCACACCCACUCUCAAAGGUGACACUGUUUGUUUUGUGACAUCAGAAAGUUAACUGUUGUGUUUGUGUGUGACAGAGCGAAGACCAUUAAGAACACAGUGUGUCUGAAUGUGGAGCUGACGGCAGAACAGUGGAAGAAAAAGUAUGAAAGAGAGAAGGCGAAGAACACAACCCUGAGGAGCACCGUCACCUGGCUGGAGAACGAACUCAACCGCUGGAGAAACGGUACGAGAGACAAAAUAUGGAAACAAUAGAUCGAUAUUCAGUUAGUGUUCAAGGAUACCUGAUCAUUUCAUGAAUCACGCUCAUGUCCUAUUUUAGGAUUGAACAGGGUUGUAUUCAUUAGUGUACUGCACAACAUAGCAAAAGUUUUGCAAUGUAAACCGUGUUUAGAUUAAACAGUUUCCGUUGAAAAAUAGUUUUCUACGGUGUGCACUAAUGACUACAACCCAGGAAAUAGUCUGCAUGUUGUGUAGAUACCACAGAAGUUGACUUUUGUUUCUAACCCUGUCUCUCUGUCCCUCCCUCCCUCCUCCACGGCUCCCUCCAUUCCUCCCUUCCUUUUUCCCCUUCCUCCCUUCCUCCAUUCCUCCCUUCCUCUUUCCCUUCCACCCUCCCUCCCUCUGUGCUGCCUCCUAUAGGUGAGAGUGUGCCAGUGGAGGAGCAGUUUGACAAGGAGAAGGCUAACGCUGAGGUUCAGGCUCUAGACAACGUGGUGAACAAUGAGAAGAUGGCCCCCUCACCCAGCAUUCCAGGGGUUAAACUGACCGACGCAGAGAAGGAGAAGUGUGAGGCUGAGCUGUCUAAACUCUACAAGCAGCUGGAUGAUAAGGUGAGGGAACAGAGCAUCACAUGACAACUUGCUAGAUUAUAUUUAGAGAUUGACCUUGUCCACUGAGGUGCCAGAAAGAUUUCCAUGAGGUAGUCAUUUAAAGGUAGAUUCAGCGAAAUGACGUAGAUGCACAAAGUGAACAGCAGCAGUGGCGUUGAAGCGCGAGGCUCAACUUCUCUGCUGUUUUGUUCCAGUAGCUACCACGUUGUAGCAGCGUGAAGCGAACCCGUGCACAUGCGCAGAUACUCUGUGUGAGAACAAAGUCUUGCAUCGCGCUCAUUGCAAUAUCUGUGGUGCUGCUCGUGGCACGCCAUAACGCUGAGUCUACCUUUAAAAUAUGUUUUGCCUAUUAUUUUUAUUGACAAGAACACUUCGGUCUAAACAACACCAUUACCAUCCCCCCCUCCCUCCCCCUCUCUCUUCUCUCCUCUCCAUCAGGAUGAUGAGAUCAACCAGCAGAGCCAGCUGGCAGAGAAACUAAAGCAGCAGAUGCUGGACCAGGAGGAGGUGAGACCCCCUGCCACACACGCAUAUACGCACCCCCCUGCUCUGUUAACCAUGCCAUCAGUCUGCCUGUACAGGCCCGUCAGGGGGGGUCAGACUGUUAGCUGACGGUUAGCCCAGACACAGCAGGGUUAAAGAGGCACCACAGCCUACUGCUCAGCCUGGGUAGAAUCUGACAUCUAACACUGUCUCCGUCUCAUCUCAGCCUUCGGUAGGCUGGAUUUUAAUUACAGAUGAAUAUUCUGAAUUAAUAAUGGCUACACCCAGUGAUCUGAAAAAGUAAUAGUACAAUCACUACCUGGAAUGGGACCGUACAGGACACACGUUCCUUUCCUCUAACCCUGGCCUGACACGCCCAAUUUAGUUUUACCCUGUUGAAAGUUUAAUGAUCCUCCUCAGCAGACAAAAGAGAGCGGCUGUGGUAAGUAGGUCAGCCUGUAGUUCUCUUCUUCAAAGGUAAAGAUGUAAAUAAGAUGCUGACUGUGUCCCAAAUGUCACCCUAUUCCCUUUAUAGGAAUGACUGUAAUGGCAUCAAACACAUGGAAACCAUGUGUUUUACGUAUUUGAUACCAUUCCACCCAUUCCGCUCCAACCAUUACCACGAGCCCGUCCUCCCCGAUUUAAGGUGCCACCUACCUCCUGGGGCCCAUAGGGCUCAUAGGUCCAAAGUAGUGUGUUAUUUGGGACUUAUCCACUGUGAUGUUGUGAUUCAGAUCCUCAGAGACUAGUAUGAGGUUCAUCACCAACCCUCAGGGUUUAGGCUCUAGCUGGCUCCCAUGGAUAAGAUGGAGAGGAGAGAAGAUGUGUCCCUGGAUUGCUGCGAUAAAUUCGAUUUUAAAGCAGUUGCUACAUCCAUUCUUGGACUUUAAAUGUAAUGAUAUAUAGCCAUUUAUUCUUGAAAAAUAUAAUUUAUACAUGCUUCAUGAGCGUAGUUCGACUAUCUUACCCCAUCAGAACCCAAACUAUAAGCUUGUUUUAUUCCUUUGUUUGUAGACGAUGUAAACGUGAACAAUUACAUGGUUAGAACUAUACAUUUUCAUGGAUGGUCAGUCCUUGUAUCCAUAGCUCUGUCUAUGAAUUUGAAUUUGGGUUCCUUCUCCAGCUGCUGGCCUCGUCGCGUCGCGACCACGACAACCUGCAGGUGGAGCUGAACCGUCUGCAGUCCGAGAACGAGGCGUCUAAGGAGGAGGUGAAGGAGGUGCUGCAGGCCCUGGAGGAGCUGGCUGUGAACUACGACCAGAAGAGCCAGGAGGUGGAGGACAAAACUAAGGAGUUUGAGGCUCUCAGCGAGGAGCUCAACCAGAAAUCGGUGAGAGGAUGCCAUUUUCCAAUAGGCCUACCUUUUUAAAAAUGUGUCUUUCCUUCUUCUCUAUCUUCAACCAGAAAUUGGUGAGAGGAGAACAAGUCAUUCACAAACUAAACUCACCUUUUUUUAUCAUGGUGAGCCAAGGCUCACCAGGAGAGAUGUUAGGAUUGUGAAAUCCUACGAUGUACUCAGAAUAUCCUAUGCCAACUACUGACACACAAGGGCAGAAGUACUGCUGGGUUUUUUAAAAAAAUCUCUGAUUGCUGUAGUUUACAUUAUUCAUGAAUGUCACUGAUUGGCUGUCCACUCAGCUAGUGUCCCAGGUGUAAAUCAGUCCAGGAUUAGAAAGGGGGAAUGAAAACCAAAAGUACCUGGAACUAAACUUGACCUUUGUUGUCCUCCUCAGAGCAUCCUGGUGUCAAUCGACUCUGAGUUGCAGAAGCUGAAGGAGAUGACCAACCACCAGAAGAAGAGGGUCACUGAGAUGAUGUCAUCGCUGCUCAAAGAUCUUGCUGAGAUCGGCAUCGCUGUGGGCAGCAAUGACAUCAAGGUACGCAUCAUCAUUCAGCGCCAUGCCAGCCAGUCAUGGAAGGGAAGACCAGUAUUGGGAUACCUUUUGGGGAUUCCUGGGAAGAGUGGAAGCCUGUGUGGCUCUUAUACUGUAUUUACCAAUUAGCCUCAUCCCAAACAUAAGUAACCUCAUCCUUAACUAUGCUUUAGGUACACUAUAUCGGAUGUAUGUCUUUUGCACGGUGACAUUUGAGUCUUACGUUUGUGCCUUUACCUCCUCUCCUCCCCCCCCUCCCCUUCUCCAGCAACACGAGGGCAGUGGUCUGAUAGAUGAGGAGUUCACGGUGGCUCGUCUGUACAUUAGUAAGAUGAAGUCGGAGGUGAAGACCAUGGUGAAACGCAGCAAGCAGCUGGAGAGCACCCAGGCCGAGAGCAACGAGAAGAUGGACGAGAACGAGAAGGAGCUGGCCGCCUGUCAGCUACGCAUCUCCCAGGUAACCAUCGUCACCUGGGACAGAGGGCUUGAGAGAAGGUGUCACAGGGUGGCUGUCGUUCAAAUAAAAAUGUAUUCACUUCUCUUGGGGUCAAUUCUAUUUCAAUUCAGAGAAUGAAAAGCAAUGAGGAACAUUGGGAUCUGGAUUACAGUGUACUUCUUGAAUUCAUUGAAUUGAAAUGGAAUCAACCCCAACCCUGGUUCCAUGUAUUGCACCAUUUUAAUUCCCCCCUCAGCACGAGGCUAAGAUCAAGUCCCUGACAGAGUACCUUCAGAACGUGGAGCAGAAGAAAAGACAGCUGGAGGAGAACGUAGACUCUUUGAAUGAGGAACUGGUCAAGAUCAGCGCUCAGGGUGACUACAACAUUAUGUAUCCUAUUCAAACAGGAAUAUCCCACCCCAUCCCUCUUUUGCGUGGAAGACCUUUCCCCAAGAAGGCACAUCACACAUUCCUUAUUGAAAUGUGUAUUUUGAUAUGUUAUUUCUACAAAACCAUGGACACAUUUGGCUACAAGUUGAGGCCUAGCUUUUCAAGUCUUGCACCAUCUAGUGGUGAAAAGGUUGCUGACACCCAUCUGCUGUUUCUCCCCUUGCAGAGAAAGUUCAGGCUAUGGAGAAGGAAAAUGAGGUCCAAACUGCCACCGAAGUCAAGGUAUGACCAACAGUGGAUUUCUCCUUACAGGCUAUUCUUUCCUAACUUGAUAACCGAUCAUUUAGAUUAUUGAAACAUUUUGUGUUGGUAAUCAUUUGUAUAUUUGUGUACAAUCAUGGAGAAUAUUGUAUGUUUGAUUCCUGUAUGGGCCAAAUACACUCAAUAUACAGUACCAGUCAAACGUUUGGACACACCUACUCAUUCCAGGGUUUUUCUUUAUUUUUACUAUUUUCUACAUUAUAGAACAAUAGUGAAGACAUCAAAACUAUGAAAUAACACAUGGAAUCAUGUAGUAACCAAAAAAGUGUUCAACAAAUCAAAAUAUAUUAUAUUUGAGAUUCUUCAAAGUAGCCACCAUUUGCCUUGAUGACAGCUUUGCACACUCUUGGCAUUCUCUCAACCAGCUUCAUGAGGUAGUCACCUGGAAUGCAUUUCAAUUAACAGGUGUGCCUUGUUAAAAGCUAAUUUGUGGAAUUUCUUUCCUUAAUGUGUUUGAGGCAAUCAGUUGUGACAAGGUAGGGGUGGUGUACAGAACAUAGCCCUAUUUGGUAAAUCAACUGUUCAGAGGAGACUGCGUGAAUCAGGUCGAAUUGCUGCAAAGAAACUACUACUAAAGGACACCAAUAAGAAGAAGAGACUUGCUUGGGCCAAGAAACACGAGCAAUGGACAUUAGGCCGGUGGAAAUCUGUCCUUUGGUCUGAUGAGUCUCCGCAUGUGUGGUUCCCACCGUGAAGCAUGGAGGAGGAGGCGUGAUGGUGUAGUGGUGCUUUGCUGGUGACACUGUCUGUGAUUUAUUUAGAAUUCAAGGCACACUUAACCAGCAUGGAUACCACCGCAUUCUGCAGCGAUACGCCAUCCCAUCUGGUUUGCACUUCGUGGGACUAUCAUUUGUUUUUCAACAGGACAAUGACCCAAAACACACCUCCAGGCUAUGUAAGGGCUAUUUGACCAAGGAGAGUGAUGGAGUGCUGCAUCAGAUUACCUGGCCUCCACAAUCACCCGACCCCAACCCAAUUGAGAUGGUUUGGGAUGAGUUGGACUGCAGAGUGAAGGAAAAGCAGCCAACAAGUGCUCAGCAUAUGUGGGAACUCCUUCAAGACUGUUGGAAAAGCAUUCCUCAUGAAGCUGGUUGAGAAAAUGCCAAGAGUGUUCAAAGCUGUCAUCAAGGCAAAGGGUGGCUACUUUGAAGAAUCUCAAAUCUUAAAUAUAUUUUGAUUUGUUGAACACUUUUUCUGGUUACCACAUGAUUCCAUAUGUGUUUUUUCAGAGUUUUGAUAUCUUCACUAUUAUUCUGCAAUGUAGAAAAUAGUAAAAAAUAAAGAAAAACCCUGGAAUGAGUAGGUGUGUCCAAACUUUUGACUGGUACUGUACAUCUUUGUCAAAGUUGACAGCUAUGAAAGUCACUUCAGAUAAAAGUUUCUGCUUAAAAUUCCAUAUGAUUUUGUGUUGGUACUCAGCUGUAAUAUAUUUGUUGGUAACUAGUUGUGUGUGUUUUUGCUAGGAGGCGGUUGAGCAUCAGAUCCAGUCUCACCGCGAGGCCCAUCAGAAACAGAUCAGCAGCCUGAGAGACGAGCUGGACAACAAGGAGAAACUCAUCACUGAGCUCCAGGAGUAAGGGAACACAACACAACACACACACACACACUACGUGCACGCAUGCGCUGACACACACACACACACACACACACACAAUUCCUUGAGGCCCAUCAGACACAAAGACCACAUAUGGAAAAACGAUUUGUUAGUUAGUUGCUGUCUCUGUCUCACUAUCUGUAUCUGUCUCUCUCUCUAGUCUGAACCAGAAGAUCAUGCUGGAACAGGAGCGUCUGAGGGUGGAGCACGAGAAACUCAAAUCCACCGACCAGGACAAGAGCCGCAAAUUGCACGAGCUCACGUACGUAACCACCCAUCCAGUUGCCUUACCCAGUUGCCAUCGUAAACACACAAUCAAUAUUCACACACUAUCAUUUGUUCUUAGCUGAUUAGCCUGGAUAAAUGACAAUAAAUGAAUCACCAAUGUCUGCAAACGCAUGAAAAGCUGUGAUGUGGCAAUGGGGAAUCAUUGAUCUGGUUGUGUGUCUGUGUUUUACAGGGUGAUGCAGGAUAGGAGAGAGCAGGCCAGACAAGACCUGAAGGGACUGGAGGAGACGGUGGCUAAGGAGCUCCAGACUCUCCACAACCUCAGAAAACUGUUUGUUCAGGACCUGGCUACCAGAGUCAAGAAGGUACAACACACGGUGUUAGCUUUUAUCAAGCAUUAACUUUAAGAGCGAGAGCUGCAACUUUCCCCCCCUCAUUAGCCUUUUACAAAGACCGAGAAGGAACCAUAUGAAUCAAUUACUUUAACAAAUAUCCCCUCUUUGCCUAUGUACUAUUUACUUACCACUGAUUUGAAAAAGUAAUAGUACAAUCACUACCUACAAUGGAACCGUACAGGACACACAUGUUCCUUUCCACUAACUCUGGUCUGACGUGCCCACUUUAGUUUUACCCUGUUGAAAGUCUAAUGAUCCUCCUCAGCAGACAAAAGUGAUAGGCUGUGGUAAGUAGGUCAGCCUGUAAAGAUGUAAAUAAGAUGCUGACUGUGUCUCAAAUGGCACCCUAUUCCCUUUAUAGUGCACUACUUUUGACCAGUGUCCAUAGGGCUCGUAGGUCCAAAGUAGUGCAUUAUUUAGGGAAUAGGGUGCCAUUUGGGAAGCGUCAACUGUGAUGUUGUGAUUCAGAUCCUCAGAGACUAGUAUGAGGUUCAUCACCAACCCUCAGGGUUUAGGCUCUAGCUGGCUCCCAUGGAUAAGAUGGAGAGGAGAGAAGAUGUGUCCCUGGAUUGCUGCGAUAAGUGUGAUUUUAAGUUUGAUUUAAAGCAGCAAUCUGCAGUUGCUACAUUCAUUUUUUUACUUGAAAUCUAAUGAUAUAUUGCCAUUUGAUUCUCAAAGAAUAUAACUGAUACAUGCUUUAUGCGCUUAGUUUGACUCUUACCCCAUCAUAACCAAAACUAUAAGCUUGUUUUAUUCCUUUGUUUGUAAAUAAUGUAAUUGUAAACAACUACUGUAUAGCCUCAAAACAUGGUUAGAACUAUACAUUUUCAUGGAUGGUCAGUCCUUGUAUCCAUAGCUCUGUCUAUGAAUUUGAAAGUGGUUACAUUUCUCCAGCCCUAUCCCUCAGCUUUCUACCAAAACAGUGGCGGGGUAUGCUUUAUUGUUUGAAAAUGCAGAUUUCCCCUUUAAAAGUCAUACCCUGUCUCUUAUCUGCUCUCUUGCGUUAUAUUUUUUCUAAGCUUGUGGUUUUCGUAACACAAUUCUGCAUUGAAAGUGUAUGGGUCGCAGUUGGUCGCAGUUGUAAAUGACAACUUGUUCUCAACUGGCUUACCUGGUUAAAUAAAGGUGAAAUAAAAAAUAAUACAAAAAUGGGUCCGUGAAAGGCACAAUUUGGUAUAUUAAUUUACAGUUUCUCAAUGGUUAUUUAAAACUCAAAUGUGGCUUUAAUGGUGCCUUUCACAGAAAAUUGAGAAAUGUAUGUGUCUCAUAAAUUAUAAAUAAAUGGAGAGAGAAUGAUAAAUGUGCUAUAAAAGUAAAUGCUCUAUAAUGUAUGUUUUCUGCAGAGCGCUGAGAUGGACUCAGAUGAUACAGGGGGCAGUGCUGCUCAGAAACAGAAGAUCUCCUUUCUGGAGAACAACCUGGAACAGCUUACAAAGGUCCACAAACAGGUAAACAAACAUACACAACUAAACAUACGCAAGUUGUUAGUGCUCCCAUGGCAGAGAAGUAUCCUGCUAUGAUUGAAUGGUGUGGUUUACUAAAGUCAGUAAGCAGGUACAGACCACAGAAUUAGAAUGAGUAUAAUGCACUUACCCAUUCAUUUCAUGGGGUCUAUGCCCAUUCAUUCUAUGGUACAGACCACAGCCCUUUAUUGUAAUAGAAGUUACAGACGUGCCAAAUGACUCCCAAGAUACUCUUUCUGUCAACACAAAUGUUCUUCACAAAUCAAAAAGGUACCAGGGACAACUGUAAUGUGACUGAAAUCAUUAAUUAGUGAGUGAACCAUGUAUUCAUAGAUUUGCCUAUAUACCAGGUUACGUCAUCGCUCUCUCCCCCCCCCCCCCCCCCUUCUUCAUCUCUAGCUGGUGCGUGAUAAUGCAGACCUGCGCUGUGAGCUUCCUAAACUGGAGAAGCGUCUGCGUGCUACGGCUGAGCGGGUCAAGGCCCUGGAGUCGGCCCUGAAGGAGGCCAAAGAGAACGCCGCACGUGACCGCAAACGCUACCAGCAGGAGGUGGACCGCAUCAAAGAGGCCGUCAGGGCCAAGAACAUGGCCAGGAGGGGCCACUCUGCUCAGAUCGGUGUGGAACACACGCAUAUGCACAAAUGAAUUCGCAUGCACACACACAUACAUACACUAUAUAUAGUAUAUAUAUACAAAAGUAUGUGGACAUCCCUUCAAAUGAGUGGAUUCGGCCAUUUCAGCCACACAAGUUGCUGACAGGUGUAUAAAAUCGAGCAUACAGCCAUGCAAUCUCCAUAGACAAACAUUGGCAGUAGAAUGGCCUUACUGAAGAGCUCAGUGACUUUAAACGUGGCACCGUCAUAGGAUGCCACCUUUCCAACAAGUCAGUUCAUAACAUUUCUGCCCUGCUGGAGCCGCCCCGACAGCUGUAAGUGCUGUUAUUAUGAAGUGGAAACGUCUAGGAGCAACAACGGCUCAACCACGAAGUGGUAGGCCACACAAGCUCACAGAAUGGGAAUGCAGAGUGCUAGAGUGCUGAAGUGCGUAGCGCAUAAAAAUCGUCUGUCCUCGGUUGCAACACUCGCUACCGAGAUCCAAACUGCCUCUGGAAGCAACGUCAGCAGAAGAACUGUUCAUCGGGAGUUUCAUAAUAUUGGUUUCCAUGGCCGAGCAGCCACUGAUAAGCCUAAAAUCACCAUGCGCAAUGCCAAGCGUCGGCUGGAGUGGUGUAAAGCUUGCCGCCAUUGGACUCUGGAGCAGUGGAAAUGCGUUCUCUAGAGUGAUGAAUCGUGCUACACCAUCUGGCAGUCCGACGGACGAAUCUGAGUUUGGCGGAUGCCAGGAAACGCUACCUGCCCCAAUGCAUAAUGCCAACUGUAAAGUUUGGUGGAGGAGGAAUAAUAGUCUGGGGCUGUUUUUCAUGGUUGGAGCUAGGCCCCUUAGUUCCAGUGAAGGGAAAUCUUAACGCUACAGCAUACAAUUACAUUCUAGACAAUUCUGUGCUUCCAACUUUGUGGCAACAGUUUGGGGAAGGCCCUUUCCUGUUUCAGCAUGACAAUGCCCCCGUGCAAAAAAGCGAGGUCCAUACAGAAAUGGUUUGUAGAGAUCGGUGUGGAAGAACUUGACUGGCCUGCACAGAGCCCUGACCUCAACCCCAUCGAACACCAUUGGGAUGAAUUGGAACGCCGACUGCGAGCCAGGCCUAAUCGCCCAACAUCAGUACCCAAUCUCACUAAUGCUCUUGUGGCUGAAUGGAAGCAGGUCCUCUCAGCAAUGUUCCAACAUCUAGUGGAUAGCCUUCCCAGAAGAGUGGAGGCUGUUAUAGCAGCAAAGGGGGGGACCAACUCCAUAUUAAUGCCCAUAAUCUUGGAAUGAGAUGUUCAAUGAGCAGGUGUCCACAUACUUUUGGUCAUGUAGUGUACAUACAUACACACACUGAUUUAAAGGUUAAAUGCUAGCUUUUUAUUCAGAGAAAUCUGUCCUCUGUUUUGCCUGAUAUAAUCUAGGACUGAUGCUUGUAUUGGUCUGUAAUACUGGUACAUGUAAAAACAUAACAUUUGUACAUUUUGGUCAUUUAGCAGAUGCUAAAUAAUGAUGCCAUUUAGUGUUCCUUUGAUGGUAUGUAACCAGUGCUGUGCCUUUGACCUCCCUAGCCAAACCCAUUCGGCCUGGCCAGCCCCCUGUGGCGUCCCCCACCCACCCCAACGUCAACCGGACAGGGCUCUUCAACAGCCAGCCCACCGCCAUCAGAGGAGGAGGGGCCAAGCAAUGAGUGGACAAGAAGUAAGUCAAGGGCCUUUUUUCAAUUGCAUACUCCUCACAUCUUCUGUCCUCGCCUCCUUCUCAAAAGCCAUUGGAAGAGAAGGUCAGAUGUGAGGGACCUCUGGCUUUCUCAUCAAUAGGUUUUGAGAAGGUGGCAAGGAGAGCGGAUGCGAGGAGUAUGCAAUUGAGAUUCUUUCAAGGCCUCUCAGAAGAGUGUACUGAGCCAAUCUGAUGCCUUUCAGGGAGUUCUGUUCGGGUGGGAGAAAAAAAUGUUAAACCGGGAGGCACUACCUGAAUUUGUCCAAUAAGAACACAGAUAUUAUUUUUCUGUUGCAAAACGUUUUACUUCGGUGUGCCCUACUGAACAUGACCCUGUUUUAUAGACAAGGCAGAGAUGGCAGCAGAGCUCACACAAGUAAUUAUUUUUCUCCACUCUCUUUCUGUCAGCUGCUGAAGAAGAAGAUAAACAUAAUCACAGUCAGAUGAAGAUGCAAAGAUCACCCACAGGAGCUGGCAUUCCACUUGACAGAACUGUCACAUAAUGGGACAAUUCUUCCAGUAUCAACGUUUAUUUAUAUAUAUGAAUAAGAUAUAUAUAAGAAAUAGAUACAGGCUGUACAGUUCUUUUUCAUGAUCCUUUUUGUUUUCAUGUAUGAAUGAAAUAAUUGAUUUCCUUACAAAACAAAAGAGAACACGGACAGAGAACAAACAAAAUACAAAAAUGUUGCAAUCUUGGCGCCUGGCGGAUUAACAUAUAACUAAUAAUGUGUAGCUCUUCCAUUUUAUUUAUCGCACAGCAGUUUGUCCAUUAAUGUCCUAAAAGAUUUUAGUCUGCAUUGUGCCAAGUUAAAUGUAUGUCAUCGCAGGUUCUCAAAAAACAAAACAAAAAAACACUAAAAGGUUGGAAUCCGCUGAGAAGCAUCCAAGCCUGAUUUUUAUGUACAGCAUAUCAUCAAGUUAUCCCUCCUGUCUAGAUCAAUAAAGCUUAUUUUAAAGUUUAAACACAGUAAAAACACACUACUGGCCUCUAUUGUACAGUUAGAAUGAGCACUGAACUAUUUUCUUUUCACUUUGUUUCUUUCGGGGCUGAAAUGCUGUAGUAGAGCACAUCUUCAGGACCGUGCACCAGUGAUUGACAGAAAAUGAGUCCCAAAUGGCACCCUAUUCCCUUUAUAGUUAACUACUUUUGACCAGAGCCUAGUCAAAGGUAGUGCACUAAAUAGAGAAUAGGGCGCCAUUUGAGAGUCAUACAGUUUUAUAGAAGAACUGUGAAGAAUGGCAGACAAAUGCAAAAAAAAUGAGAUUUUGUCACGUAUUCGAAAAUUAAGCUGCUUCAAUGUCAUACCUACCCAAGUCCAAGAUAUCCAGUCAAUGUUAAUAUACUGUAUGAUGAAAUUGUAAUGGAUGAACUGCUAGGUUCCUUAGCAAUUUAUGUAUAUCAAUAUUACCAUAUGCAGAGUAUGCCAUUUGGGGAAAAACUAAAAAAAUGCAACACCCAUUUGUCCCACUGAUGUCAAUGUUAUCACUGAAGAGAAAAGUAUAUCAGUGGAAAGGUUACUUCUCGGACCACAAAAAGAUUGUUCUAAAUGAUUGACUGAUCAGGUCAUGAGUUCCUUCUUACUCCUAAUGCAUUUGUGAAGUUGAUGAUUUUUGUCACUAUGCCAGCUAUCCCUCCACCUAUCAAAAUACAAUAAACGAUAAUGUUCUAUCUGAAAGAUGACGUUUACACAAAUGUCCUGCGAUGACAUUAAAGGAAUGGGUUAACUUGAUUUUCCAUUGGUCAUUGUGGAAUAGUUUGAGAGACGAGGGAUCAUGAAAUAUUUACCCCCCCAUCCCCCCCACACUUUAGGUCGAUUAAUCAUGAGUUUCAUUGUUUCUUUUGAUGUGCACAUUUUGUUUCUGUGCUUACUGCCUAUGCAUAGUUGAUAGUUUAGGCAUACAUUGGAGGGAUUUUCUGUUUUUCCUCUUUAUUUUUCAAAUGUGUUCUUUAUCUGUGUGCCCAAAUCUGUCUAUAUGAGUCACUGACUCUUCAGCAGCCCAACUUUUUCAUAUUCUGACAAAUGACACUGCACACCUGCCUCUUGUGUGCAGGCUAACGAGGCAGUGGCUUGCUUGGAGUGGUGAAUUGGGAUCUGCGGCUACACUCCAUGUCCAAAAUAGCUAAUGCAUUGCUUCAUUCUAAGUAACCUUGUCUCCUCCCAAUUGCGCAUUGGGAGGAAGUGUCUAGUGAACGAGAUUACAUUCAAGUGGUAUGCUAAUGCAUAUAUAGGAACAGAGCCUGUGUCUUAUCAAAGUAGUCACCAGUCUUCAUAACACCAUCCUUCCCGUGCUACAGUAGAUAGAUGCCAUCUGUGAGUUAUUUAUUGCUGUGCUGGCUGUGUAGGCAGGGGUAUGAGGUUUAGACUUUUUGUUUUUUUACUUCCUAAAUUAUGUUUUUAGUUUUGUUUACCAUUAUUAUUGAUUUAACUAUUUGUAUCUUCCAUCAGAAAAUGAAAUGAUCCUAAAUGUUGUCCUUCCCAUAAUGUGUGUAAAACAAACUGAAGCAUUAGCAAAGCAAUGACUGUCUGUUGUGUAAUAGCUCAGUGCUGUAAAGACCUGACUAAAGUGAGUGCAAUUAUGGAUCAGGUUAUUGAUGAGUCAUUGAACUACACAAGGAUUAAGUGGGGAAGAUGGACCUGCAUCUAAAACAAAGUAAAACAUACUAAAAUGAACAAAACACUCUCCUGACUUUUGGUUUGUCAUUUAUCAUUAUCAGGAUGUGAUCUUUGAAGUUGAAAUUUAACCUAAAGCACUUUUUAAAUGUAUAUUGGAUUAUAACUGUAGCUGUCAUAACUAACCUUCCAUAAAGGAGAUAUUGAAUACCAAUUCCGCUCCUUUUCUGCAAAAGAAAAAAGAAACAAGCGAAGCAUUGCUGGAGUUCUGUCUUUGGGUUGUAAACUAAAGUCAAUCAAAUGAUUGAAAGCUCAUCAUGGGGUCUUGUUAGGACGGUUGGGCUGUCUAUGAUGCAAAUUGUGUGUGUAUUAUACAGUAUAUAACCAUAGGGAAAUCAAUGCAUUGCAGUGUACUGUAUAUCAUUAUCAAGUGCUUUCUGUAGCCUUGGUUCACAAGUUUUUAAUCUAGAGAUGAAACCAAUAAAGUCUCAGAGAAGUUAGUGCACUGCUUACUCAUUUAUUAUGGUCAACAUUUGUUUCAUCAGGAAAGGGAAGGAAUCGCUCUCCAAGGUGCGUGAAUUGAGGAACAAACUGAAGUGAAGAGGAAAUUCCGCAACUCUUACAGAGCAGUGUAAGUUGAUAAACCUGCUUCUUGUUCAAAGUGAGUGUUUCCCCUUUGUGGUUGGAGUUUUAACUCACAGGAGGGAGAUGAUGGUAUCACAGGGAGAGGAUGGGAUCCAAAUAUCAUACUGACUGAGUCCCUACACCUUUGGUAAAAGUACAGUGAGGGAAAAAGGUAUUUGAUCCCCUGCUGAUUUUGUACAUUUGCCCACUGACAAAGACAUGAUCAGUCUAUAAUUUUAAUGGUAGGUUUAUUUGAACAGUGAGAGACAGAAUAACAACAAUAAAAUCCAGAAAAACGCAUGUCAAAAAUGUUAUAAAUUGAUUUGCAUUUUAAUGAGGGAAAUAAGUAUUUGACCCCUCUGCAAAACAUGACUUAGUACUUGGUGGCAAAACCCUUGUUGGCAAUCACAGAGGUCAGACGUUUCUUGUAGUUGGCCACCAGGUUUGCACACAUCUCAGGAGGGAUUUUGUCCCACUCCUCUUUGCAGAUCUUCUCCAAGUCAUUAAGGUUUCGAGGCUGACGUUUGGCAACUCGAACCUUCAGCUCCCUCCACAGAUUUUCUAUGGGAUUAAGGUCUGGAGACUGGCUAGGCCUUCCAGGACCUUAAUGUGCUGCUUCUUCUUGAGCCCCUCCUUUGUUGCCUUGGCCGUGUGUUUUGGGUCAUUGUCAUGCUGGAUUUCCCAUCCACGACCCAUUUUCAAUGCCCUGGCUGAGGGAAGGAGGUUCUCACCCAAGAUUUGACGGUACAUGGCCCCGUCCAUCGUCCCUUUGAUGCGUUGAAGUUGUCCUGUCCCCUUAGCAGAAAAACACCCCCAAAGCAUAAUGUUUCCACCUCCCAUGUUUGACGGUGGGGAUGGUGUUCUUGGGGUCAUAGGCAGCAUUCCUCCUCCUCCAAACACGGCGAGUUGGUCUCAUCUGACCACAACACUUUCACCCAGUUCUCCUCUGAAUCAUUCAGAUGUUCAUUGGCAAACUUCAGACGGGCCUGUAUAUGUGCUUUCUUGAGCAGGGGGACCUUGCGGGCGCUGCAGGAUUUCAGUCCUUCACGGCGUAGUGUGUUACCAAUUGUUUUCUUGGUGACUAUGGUCCCAGCUGCCUUGAGAUCAUUGACAAGAUCCUCCCGUGUAGUUCUGGGCUGAUUCCUCACCGUUCUCAUGAUCAUUGCAACUCCACGAGGUGAGAUCUUGCAUGGAGCCCCAGGCCGAGGGAGAUUGACAGUUAUUUUGUGUUUCUUCCACUUGCGAAUAAUCGCACCAACUGUUGUCACCUUCUCACCAAGCUGCUUGGCGAUGGUCUUGUAGCCCAUUCCAGCCUUGUGUAGGUCUAAAAUCUUGUCCCUGACAUCAUUGGAGAGCUCUUUGGUCUUGGCCAUGGUGGAGAGUUUGGAAUUUGAUUGAUUGAUUGCUUCUGUGGACAGGUGUCUUUUAUACAGGUAACAAGCUGAGAUUAGGAGCACUCCCUUUAAGAGUGUGCUCCUAAUCUCAGCUCGUUACCUGUAUAAAAGACACCUGGGAGCCAGACAUCUUUCUGAUUGAGAGGAGGUCAAAUACUUAUUUCCCUCAUUAAAAUGCAAAUCAAUUUAACAUUUUUGACAUGUGUUUUUCUGGAUUUUUUUGUUGUUAUUCUGUCUCUCACUGUUCAAAUAAACCUACCAUUAAAAUUAUAGACUGAUCAUUUCUUUGUCAGUGGGCAAACGUACAAAAUCAGCAGGGGAUCAAAUACUUUUUUCCCUCACUGUACAUGUAAACUCAGCAAAAAAAGAAACGUCCCUAUUGCAGGACCUUGUCUUUCAAAGAUCAUUCGUAAAAAUCAAAAUAACUUCACAGAUCUUAAUUGUAAAGGGUUUAAACACUGUUUCCCAUGCUUGUUCAAUGAACCAUAAACAAUUAAUGAACAUGCACCUGUCGAACAGUCGUUAAGACACUAACAGCUUACAGACGGUAGGCAAUUAAGGUCACAGUUAUGAAAACUUAGGACACUAAAGAGGCCUUUCUACUGACUCUGAAAUACACAAAACCAAAGAUGCCCAGGGUCCCUGCUCAUCUGCGUGAACGUGCCUUAGGCAUGCUGCAAGGAGGCAUGAGGACUGCAGAUGUGGCCAGGGCAAUACAUUUCAAUGUCCGUAUUGUGAGACGCCUAAGACAGCGCUACAGGGAGACAGGACGGACAGCUGAUCGUCCUCCCAGUGGCAGACCACGUGUAACAACACCUGCACAAGAUCCGUACAUCUGAACAUCACACCUGUGGGACAGAUACAGGAUGGCAACAACAACUGCCCGAGUUACACCAGGAAUGCACAAUCCCUCCAUCAGUGCUCAGACUCCGCAAUAGGCUGAGAGAGGCUGGACUGAGGACUUGUAGGCCUGUUGUAAGGCAGGUCCUCACCAGACAUCACCGGCAACAACGGGCACAAGCCCACCGUCGCUGGACCAGACAGGACUGGCAAAAAGUGCUCUUCACUGACGAGUUGCGGUUUUGUCUCGCCAGGGGUGAUGGUCGGAUUUGCAUUUAUUUUCGAAGGAAUGAGCGUUACACCGAGGCCUGUACUCUGGCGCGGGAUCGAUUUGGAGGUGGAGGGUCCGUCAUGGUCAUCGGACUGAGCUUGUUGUCAUUGCAGGCAAUCUCAACGCUGUGCGUUACAGGGAAGACAUCCUCCUCCCUCGUGGUACCCUUCCUGCAGGCUCAUCCUAACAUGACCCUCCAGCAUGACAAUGCCACCAGCCAUACUGCUUGUUCUGUGCGUGAUUUCCUGCAAGACAGGAAUGUCAGUGUUCUGCCAUGGCCAGCAAAGAGCCCGGAUCUCAAUCCCAUUGAGCACGUCUGGGACCUGUUGGAUCGGAGGGUGAGGGCUAGGGCCACGCUUGCAACGCCAGGGUUGUGGGUUCGUUUCCCACGGGGGGCCGGUAUGAAAAUGUAUGCACUCACUAACUGUAAGUCGCUCUGGAUAAGAGCGUCUGCUAAAUGACUCAAAUAUAAUUCCCCCCAGAAAUGUCCGGGAACUUGCAGGUGCCUUGGUGGAAGAGUGGGGUAACAUCUCACAGCAAGAACUGGCAAAUCUGGUGCAGUCCAUGAGGAGUAGAUGCACUGCAGUACUUAAUGCAGCUGGUGGCCACACCAGAUACUGACUGUUACUUUUGUCCCCCCCUUUGUUCAGGGACACAUUAUUCAAUUUCUGUUAGUCACAUGUCUGUGGAACUUGUUCAGUUUAUGUCUCAGUUGUUGAAUCUUAUGUUCAUACAAAUAUUUACACAUGUUAAGUUUGCUGAAAAUAAACGCAGUCGACAGUGAGAGGACGUUUAGAGUUUAGUAAAAAAAAAACUAAAAAAAGUUUGCUUAUUCAAUGGCAAUGAUUGCCCAGCCCUACAAGUAGGUUACCUCAAUUCAAUGGGCUGAUGGCUGCACUGGCCCAUUCACACCAGCAGAGCACGCUUUGGUACUGUCACUCACGCUGUCGAAUAACGGUAUCUGAUGAGUGAAAGGCAAACUAUUGUACAUUUUGGUGAUAUGUUUUCAGUAAUCUUUUUACUCAGUCAGCUGCCAGGAUUAAGAAAGAAAGGCAUUUUAUUUCUGGUGAGGAUAAUUUGGCAAAUCCUAAAUCUCCCAUAAUCUAUUAUUCAAUCUUUAGGUAAUUGAGGAACAUUCUUGAAAUGUCUGUCACAGAUUUGGCUUGAGAUGGUAACAGAUGGUUGGUGACGGAAGAAACCGAGAUGGUAAAUUAUUCAUUAAUAUGAACUCUUUAUGGGGCUCAGUCUUGAAGAUCACCAGACAAUUUUAUUUGCCAAUACAAUUUAGAAACCCAUAUCAACCCCAUCACUUUACACAUGGGAUAUAGUAGCCUAUAGGCUAAACCAAGAAACCACAUUGGUUACAAAUUAAACUGCUAUUUGGAACAAAUAACCUAUUUGCACAAUUAAGAGAAGUGAUUGAAUAGCUUUCAAAGAAAUCCAGUGGUUGCCUUUUGCCACUGGUGCAGCACUGCAACUGAGAACGGUGAGGCUAUUGACCACGAGAAGGCAAGCCAGGGGUACCAUCCAUCAUACGUCACAGACAGACAGACAGGCGGGGUAGGAGAAGAAUAGACCAACGCAGCGCUCACAAGCGAUAGCACCACGGCGGGGUGGAAACGAGGCAGGGGAUGGUGGGGAUGGUAUGGUUGAAUAUUGAAUACACUGCGAGCCUACUCGAGUCGCAUAGCCUACUAUAUUUGAGCAGUUUAGAACACUGAAAUAUCUGGAGGAAAAGUUCCGCUGAAAACAACCGCCGUUGACUAGCUUAUUCUUUGGAGAUAAAGAAGAUACCAUUCACAAGGUGUGUAGGCUACAUAUCAUUUGUUGGGCUAUCCAUUAUUCUUCAUCGCAAAACCGCGGAUACUAGCUAUUGGCUACUUCCAAAGUUACUUUGUUGCAAUGCAUUGUUUCGAAACAACUGGCUACUUUUGGUUCUUCGACCUCGAAUUCCUUGACAGAAGAGUGCAUUUGAACCUGUGUUGUUAUGGUGUAGUAACUUAACUGUUUCUAUAAACGUAGCUAAUUCUAUUUGAUAUUUAAACUACAACGCACUCAUGGCAUAGGAAGGUGCUGAUAUUGUUUUGGUUGUCUAUCCUUUGGUUUUCACCUGAUAGACCUAUUGGCUGCAUUUAUUUACUACAGAUUGGUUUCUUAGCAUAGAUAAUUGUUAUGCAAAUGAUCCUAACAGGUAGCCAAUAAUAGUGUGAUAUUACAUCUGUGUCCAAAUGUUUCAUCAAGGGAUAAUUUUUCCUCAGCUCAGUCUGCACCUCCACCCAGACUUUCGUGGUUCGGGAAUGAGCGUUUCUGUCUAGUCUGGGUCUUUUGUUGAAACUGAAUAUGGAUUAAACUCCAUUGUUGUAUUUCAGGAGUCUUGGAACUCCUUUGGCGGAGGGACCCUGCCCCCACGCCGGUUUUGUCUAGAAGGAUACAGCUUUUGUCAGGUUUAGGAGAAUUAACUUAACAGGUUAGAAUAAUUAGGUUAAGGUUAGGAAAAUAGUUAGGUUUAGCUAAAAUGCACACAAAAAAAUCAACUUUUGACGUCAAUUUGACAAAAGCUGGAUCCCAUCUAGCCAUGACCGUGUUUCCCUUGGAAAUUUGUUGAAGGAAGGAUUUCUUUGCACCCAUACUGAUCACAAACAAAAUGUUAUCCUCAUCCACGCAGGAAUUUAAACAAGUAAAAUUGAACAACAACUAUGCACAUGUGUUGUUGCCUCGUGAACAGUCUUGGCGACAUCUGUUUGGAAUAGAACCACACUGGGACAAAGCAAUGGGACAAAGGCAUGUAGAAUCUCACAGUAUUUUAAUGCUCAUGUGGCCAACAAAGCACAGAUGAUAAAACCAUAGUUCAUGCUCCUUACAUAAUGGUAAUCCAUCCCUCAUCCUCAGACCUUAUGACAGGUCACGCAGUAUGUGUAAUUAGUUUUUCUUUCUAAAUAUUGUUCUACAUAGCAAUCCUCAGCAAUCCAUUUAGUGUGUGUUUAGCUGUGGAUGAAGAGUGCAUCACAAUAAGCAGAUGCGUUAGAUCUUGUUGGUGCAUAGCAUACAGGUGAACUGAACAUCAAGGUAAGCAUGAAUAAUUCCCUAUUAUAUGUAGGCAGUAUGAGAGAGAGGGCAAUCAAAUCAAAUAAUCAAAUCAAAUGUUAUUCAUCACAUGCUGCGUAAACAACAGGUGUGGACUAACAGUAAAUGCUUACUUUUGGGCCCUUCCCAACAGUGCAGAGAGAAAGAACAUGGAUAAAUAGAAAGUAAAACAUGUAAUAAUCGAUAACUUGGCUAGAUACAAGGGGUACCAGUAUCAAGUCGAUGUGCAGAGGUAUGAGGUAAUUGAGGUAGAUAUGUACAUAUAACUAGGAAUAAGGUGACAGAUAGUAAACAGUAGCAGCAGCGUAUGUGAUGAGUCAAAGAACUUAGUGCAAAAAGGGUCAAUGCAGAUAAUCCGGGUAGCUAUUUGGUUAGCUAUUUAACUAACUAUUUAGCAGUCUUAUGGCUUGGGGGUAGAAGCUGUUCAGGGUUCUGUUGGUUCCAGAGAGAACAGUCUGUGACUUGGUUGGCUGAAGUCUUUGACAAUUUUUAGGGCCUUCACCUCACACCGCCUGGUAUAUAGGUCCUGGAUGGCAGGGAGCUCAGCCCCAGUGAUGUACUGGGCCGUCCGCACUACCCUCUGUAGUGCCUUGCGGUCGGAUGCCAAGCAGUUGCCAUACCAAGCGGUGAUGCAGCCAGUCAAGAUUUUCACUCACCACUCUGUGGUAUAGCCUAGUCUCUGUCACUCACACUUUCUCCCAGACCACUGUAACUACCAGAUAUCUAUUCUUGAUGGGAGGCUAUUGUGUUCACUCUUCAGCAGUGGCUAAAUGUGUGUGUUCAUAUCUCUGUAGAUGAGAGGGACAUCAGUCAUAUAGAUACAGGCAUACAGUCAUGCCUCGGAAAAGCACCUGCUUUUUCCUGCCUCUGUUUCAGGAUGUCAGACUGCAGCGGAUGAUAAUAUAAUAUGAGGGAGUCAUGGAGAGAAACUACUCUGUGGCAUGGGAGCUCCUGAACCUUGUAUUUAUGGUGCUGGGUAUUUAUAGGUGAUAUGUCAGGGGAAUAUCCAUGUCAGAUACUGUAGAUAACUGACAGAACUUCCUCUCUGGAGGAAUACCCAGUCCCAGGUCCCAGUUCCCAGUCCCAAAACAACAGGGGGAGACUGGAGAGUGACCUGGCUAUCACUAGAUGCACUAAAGUGUGACUAGAGUAAGGGAUGUUAUUUCAUGUGAGAAACCAAAUAAAUACCUUUUAUAUUCCGAAUAAGGCUGUGAUUCCAGUAGUAUACUGUAGGUUUAUGGCAUAUUUAUUAUUUACAUUAGGCCUAUAGGAGUAAUAUUAUGUUCCUGUGAGGUUGGAUCAUCAUGUUACCAUUGUGGAUUUCCUAUCCAGUCAUAUUCUGUUUCUGAUCCUGUGGACUUAAAGUUGUUUUUGAAAAUGAAAGAGUGAAUUUGGCCCCUGUAUGAUCCUCAUUUACUGACAUGUCUGGAAAUAGCUUGUGACAUCAUGCUAGUGUUGUCUGCUGAGAGAAACUUGUAAUAAAGUAGGAUUUGAAGGCAAGUGUUGGUGUGGUGAGUAGUAGUGUCUGUUUGUGUGUAAUUGCCAUUCAGACAGAGGGCUGUAAAGUACUGUCAUUUUUCAGGUUCAGGUUUGUCUGAAUGGGAUGGGGGUAGAAAUGAAGGCCUUAGCCUGUGAUGAAAGAAGGUACCAUCGCGCUCAACCUUAAACAAAAAUAAUCUUUAGUGGUAGGCGCACAUAACCAACAAAUAAUGCAGUCAAAUGCUUAAAAUAAUAACUGAAACCUAACUGAAACCUUUCCUUCUCUUCUUCCUGAAGUCUAGGGGAGCCCAGUGAGAGAUGUCAAUCCCCCCAGCUUUCUGAUUCUGAACAUCACCUAAAGGUCAGAGGUUAAAGGGUCAGAGGUCAGGAGUCAACGAGGUCAGUGGUCAACACCAUCAUGGCUGACAGUGAGGGGCUUGGUGGCAGUGGGGUUGAUCUGCCCAUCCUCGCCUCGGUCGAGGUGGAGUACGACUAUGAGUACAAGGCUAAAGAUAAGAUGAUCUCCAUCAGGCAGGGGGAGUGCUACAUGCUGGUCAGGAAGACCAACGAGGACUGGUGGCAGGUACGGAAGGAAGAGGGGAUGAAAGCCUUCUAUGUCCCAGCACAGUACGUCAGGGAGGUGCGCCGGGCGCUGAUGCCCCCACCGAAGCCCCUCGUGUCGGGCGGGAUGGGUGGGACGAUCCGGGUAAAGCCUACAGUUCUGGAUAUCUGUAGCGCGUCCAACGAGAACCUCAACAACAGGCCACCUCAGGAGAUGUCUAGUUUUGGGCGUCCAACGCCCACCUCCACGCCCUCACCCUCUUCGGGGCACAUUACCCCGCCUGCUCUGCCCAAGGAUGCCAACCAGAACCCGGGAAGGCCGCGGCACAGUAAGCCCCCCGGCGUAGCCGAUCUGGUGCUCCUACACAACAACAAUAACGAUCACCACAGCAACAACUCCACGUUACCGCAUAUGCGGGCGGACUCUCCGCCCCCCAGGGCCCCCAAGAACCACCAUAUAAACCACAGCCAGAGCCAUGACUCGGACCGAACUCUCUCCUCUUCUGGGGACUCCCCGGGGGAGGGGUCAGAGAAGCUCCGUAACGACUCGGAGUCUGGAGAUGACCUGAGCAGCAGCUCUACUGAACACAUGCAGGUAAGAGAUAGUAUGAUGCUGCUGUUCUUAAAUGGGAACCGAUUAUUACAACCCUUUAUCUAUCCAUCAUCCUUUUUUUCAUCCAUUUCCCUGGCUAGCGGGAAGACAUUAGCGUAUGAGUGUCCUUCCCAUCUCUUUCUCUCUCCCUCCUGUCAGAUAGUGUCAGAUUAG